AAUCGCUUUGAUUCGGUCACUUUUCUACAUUUUGUUUUAGAUAACGCUGUGUAUUUUGUGAGAAAACUGCGAAACAAUUUAAGCUACAGAAAAAAGAUUUCUACUAUUGGUUGAUUGUGAUAUGUGCAUUGUAUUCCUGCAUUUUCUGCCAGUGGCCAAAUGGCAAGUGAUUUGAAUAUCGAGACUACUGGAUCCAGGUGAACCACACUCUCUGUUAUGCCAAGGUUUCAUGAGCCAUGUUCUUAUAUUUGGACUAAGCUUGUCUUACCUCUCAUUUGCCAUCUCAUUAUCACCAUCUUAAGUGUAGUAAGCCGAACAUGGAUUGGAAGUAUCUUAUCCAUUAUAUGGAAUUGGACGGGUGGGUGGUUCAGCUGGACUCGUCAGUCAGAUGAGAUGCUACGGAACAUUGAAAAGAAAAUAUUAUCAUGUCUGAAAACAGCGUACAAGCGUUUCUACGUGGACAUCGGGUCUGUAGUGGGGCAGAGCGACAAGAUAUGGACGAUCUCCCUGAACGACGAGUCGCCCGCGACGCCACUGGUUAUGCUGCACGGCAUGGGAGCAGGAGUCGCGCUCUGGUGCCCUAACCUGGACGCACUCGCGGCUACGAGGCCCGUCUACGCCAUCGAUUUGCUGGGUUUCGGCCGUAGCUCGCGGCCCAAGUUCGCAUCAGACGCGGCGAAGGUGGAAGCGCAGUGGGUGGAGUCGGUGGAGGAGUGGCGGCGCGAGGUCAACCUCGGGCAGGUCAUCCUGCUGGGCCACAGCCUCGGCGGAUACAUCGCCACGGCCUACGCUAUGAAGUACCCGGAGAGAGUCCGCCAUUUAAUCCUGGCCGACCCCUGGGGCUUCCCUGAAAAACCAUCCAACGUAUACGAGAAAUACCAAGUCCCCUUAUGGAUACGCGCCGUGGCCACCGCUGUGCAACCUCUUAACCCGCUGUGGGCAGUUCGCGCCGCCGGGCCAGCUGGCAAGUGGCUGGUCAGCAAGACUCGUCCAGACUUGUCCAGGAAAUACGUCAACUAUGUGCGAGAUGCCGAAGUCGUUAUACCAGAGUACAUCUAUCAGUGCAACUCGCAGACACCCAGCGGAGAAAGCGCGUUCCACAGCUUGAUGCACAGUUUCGGCUGGGCGAAGAACCCGAUGGUGAAGCGUUUAGACAAGCUGGAUCCAGCGCUUCCCAUCACGGUGCUGUACGGCUCGCGCUCCUGGGUCGACAACAGUUCUGGCCAGGUGCUCAGCGAGAACAGACCCGGCUCUAGCACCUACGUGCAGGUGAUUAACGGAGCAGGCCACCACGUGUACCUGGACAAGCCGGAGCUCUUCAACAAGUUCGUCCUUGAGGCGUGUGUUCGCGCAGACGAGCGCAAAGAUAAGCCCCCAGCUGCCAUUCAGGCCGGCGAAGCGCCCGCCACGGAAGCGGGAGACUCCGCCACCGCGACCACCCCCGCCUCUUGAUACCACGAGUGGGACUAACAUAAGUUGUAAUGGGAGGCGAUGGACUCAAUGAGGGCUAUCGUUUUUAUACUUAACAGUUGGCACCCCUGGCGAUUGACAGAACCUUGCUCUACAGUGGCGCCAUCUUGACGAGUGCAAAUGCGAGUCCUUUUUCCACUUUAGCGCUCACCAGUUGAUGCCACUGUCUUCGCUACUAGCAAGUGAAAGGACCUUACUCUACAGUGGCGCUAACUGGUAAGCGCUAAAACGAUAGCCCUCAUUAGAUAGGUUGUUCUCUCCAUACGAGCGUCGACGCAGACGACAAUCUUCGGUUGCUUUGCAACAAUUUACACCCGAAUCUGCCUUUUGCGUCGACCUCCUAGGUUAAUCGAAUGAAGACCCGGUUGCAUGAGAAAUUGGCAAUUUUGAUCCUAUUAUUAAUAAUCGUCACAGACCAAUUACACCGUCACUGCCAAUUCAGCUUAGGUUAUUUUAUACAGUAACUUGAAAUUACACGAGCAACCACUCAGGAACUAUUGGGUCGGCUAUUUACACCAGAACUAAACAGAACGCCUCCCGUGACUCGCUUUAUAGUCGUUGAAGACUCACGUUAAGCUUUCGGAGUACCUGCUAGGCUGAUUUUGUACGCGAUUUGUAAUACGUUUGCCUAAAUAAUUAGUGAAGUAAGAUUUGACCGUCUCAAGACUACUCGAUCGGUGCAAGUAUUUUAGAUUUAAUGCGAUAAGUAAUGUUGACGUUUUACUCAAAGUCGCACUUUAUGGUACACUUUUCUCUAAGUAGAAAGUUUACAGCAACUGUAUUCAAGCAAUUUUAACUUAAUAUUCUAAAUUGGAGAUCCAUGAAGUUAGGUGAAAUAUACAUUUUGGAAAUUCUAUGGCUUCUGAUCACUAAGAUUGCGUCGUGAAUUAUAUUAUAGAUCUAAGAUCACAUAGACAUUCUUGAAUGCAUCAGAAAAAUGGAAAAUGCCCUGUCUCACGCCUUACUUGAAACGCUUCAAUUCUGUAAUCAUCUUCCUAUUCUACUUACAAAAUCUUCUAAAGUUAGAGUUUAUUAACAUUUGACCAAAUUAAAAUGUUGUCUCGCAUACUAUUACUUCCACAAUAGUUAAGAUAUGUUACGGGUUACAUUGUUAACGAUUCAUAAAUUUAAUUCAUUGUUGAAGUUAGUUUUAGAUAAAGUUUAUUUGUGUCGAUGCACGUCCAUAAUGGACUUCCUUCAAUGGAUCGAUUAAUGAUUUUAUAAGUUAAAUAUUGAUCAUGAUAGUUUUACUAGUUCUGUGCAUUUUGUUCACCAAAGAUUUGGCUAUAAAUUAUUAAUCGAUAUUGUCUAUGGUCCUUAAAAGCUCAUUCAUAACUUUAUUAUACAAUUUCUGCCAUAUUACGUAGUAUGUUAAUACUUAAGGUAUCUAAACUUAAUGAAACACCCCAAAAAUUGGACUACAAAGUAUUAUAACAUAGUGUGAUUUGGUAAAUGCACAAUUUUGACUUUUAUUUUAUUGAAUUAAGACAAUACAAAUUGUUUUGUUGUCGUGUUGUUUAGCCUGUGGCUUUUGAUACGUGGAAUGAAUUAAACUGUAAAUAAACAUAAUUUAUUGAAUUUAAUAA